AUGUCGACUACAACUACAACCAAAGACAAUAAUCAUAAUCAAUCGAUUACACCAUCGACAUCAUCAACAUCUAUCAAUUUAAAUUCAUUACAACAUAGUAAUAGUAUAAACAAUGGACUGAAUAAUAGUAAUGAUCACAAUAAAACACUGCACUCUCCAGUGUUUAAAAUGCGUGGUCUAGAAGUGACAGUCUACGGACUAGAAAAAGAGAAUCUUGAACUAAGACAUCAAAUAGAAUCUCAAGAUAAAGAAAUUAAUAAUCUAAAAAGAUCUCUUCAAGAAUAUGAACUUGAAAAUCAACAACAUGAAAGAAGACAUGCACAUUUGGAAGAAGAAAUAUUGGAAUUGAGACAACAAUUAAAAUCAAUGGGUGGAUUAAAUAAUAAUAAUAAUCAAAAUAAUUAUGGUUUAAAUAAUAGUAAUAAUGGUGGUCAUGGUAUGAUUCCAAGUAUAAGUACAUCAACCAUUGAUAAUAGUCAUCAUCGAAAUAAUAAUGGAAAUGGUGGUGGUGGUGGAAAUACUGGAAAUGAUAUGUAUUUAUUUACUGGUAGAAGUUAUCCUAGUCCAUCAUCAUCUUUAUCCAAUUCAUUCAAUUCAAACAUUAAUAUAAAUGUAAAUAGUAGUAAUAGUGCUAGUGGUAGUCUAACAAGUAGUACAUUGAUUUCAAAUAUGAAUAAUAAUUGUAAUCAUAAUGUUACUCCAUUGUCAGUUUCCAUUCCAAGCAAUAGUAAUAACAGUGUUGGUCACAAUAAUAAUUUAUCACCAAGAGAUGAUGAUUUACCAUCACCUUCAUCAAGAGAUAGAGGAGAUCGUGAUCAAUCUUCUUCUUCUUCCCAUCAUCAACCAAAUACUCCAACUUCUCAUACUACUGUUAGUAGUAGAUCACCAUUUCAUAAAUCUUCCAAACCUCCCAUUUCUCCUACCAUUGUAUCAUGUGUCACCGAUGGUAUAAGUAGUGGUGUAAAUAUUUCAAUGAGUCCAUCACCAGUAAUCAAUCCACCAAGAAAGAAAUCAAUCAUUAGUUUAUUUUCAUUAUAA